AUGGACCCUGCCGUGCGGGCCGUCGUCGGAGCCGGCCUCGGCACGGCGAUCUCUACACCUGCCGCAGCGGCGUCGGCGCGGCGCGCACUGGGCGGGCAGCAGGGGGAGCGGCUGUGGGCGAUGCUGCGGCGCUGGGCCAUCGCGCGCGCCGCUCCAGCCGCUCCAGCGGGAGGUGCGGAUCGGCCGGCCAGGUCUGCUCCGAAAAAGGCCGCCGCCGCGUCCGUGGCGGCCGCGGAGCCGCUCACCGAGGAUGUCCGCCAGAAGGUGGUGGGUGCCCUCAUGCGAACCUGCGCGAGCAGCGCUGGGCGCGCCUCGAUUGGCACCUGCCGCGGCAUCGAGCAAGAGCUGUUCGCGCGCCUCGGCUCCACCCCGAAGGAGUACAGGCUGCGAGCCCGCAGCCUUCUCUUCAACCUGCGGGCCACAGACGGCAUCCUGCUGGGCAAAGUCCUGGCCGGAAGUCUGCCGCCGUCCGAGUUGGUCUGCUUGGGGACGGAGGAGUUGGCCAAUGACGCUCUGAAGGCCCAGCGGAAGGUGGAGAGGGAGCGCUACUUCAGGAGCGAGGUGCACCUCGCUCACGGGCUUCCCCCUCCGAGGAGGAGGCGCUCCUCGCUCCAGCUCCGCCCCGGCGACGCCGCGGAGCACGCCGCGGACGAGCCAGGCGCCGACGCCGCCGCGCAGGGCGAGCCGCGCCGGCUGCGGAGGAGGCGCUCGUUGGCCGAGCCGGGCGCGGGCCCGGGCGCCGCGCCGGGGGCGGAGGGGGCGCGCAGUGCGAAGAGGCGUCGCUCCUCGACCGGGCCGCGCGUCGGGGACGGUGGCGCUCUGCUCGCGCCAGCCGACGCCGCCAGGGCGACGGGCGCCAGCGCCCAGGCCGGCGGCGCUGUGCUCGCGCUGGCCGACGCCGCCACCGGGCCCAGCGUUGGCAACGGCGGCGGAAUUAGCGACGGCAGCUCGGGCUCCGACUCGGACUCGGGCAGCCUCAGCGACAGCCUCAGCGACAGCCCCAGUGGCGGCAGCUCGGGCAGCAGCUCGGGCUCCAGCGAGUCCGCCUCGAGCGGGGGGUCGGAGGAGAGCGCGGAGUCGGACGAUUCCAAGGAGAAUCAGGCGGGGGCGGUGCAGCAGCUGCCAGGCGGGGGCUGUCGGCAAGUGGUGUUACCGCUGUUAGAGCGAGCGUGA